UCAUGUAAAUAUUAUGUUGGCGGCGCUCAAAGUUGGUAUUUGUCCAGCGCCAGCCUGCCAUUUUGUAAAAAAAGAAGGGAGAUAAAAAAUAGUUUUAUGGUGUUAAAGUUUUAUAUAAACGUCGUUGCCAUUUCUAAAAGGGCUCAAAACAAAUGUUUAAAUGGACGCAUCGUCCAUUAUAACUCAAGUGUCACGGGAUGACGAACAAUUAAACAACUAUGGAUCCGACAGAGGAUCGCCUCCCGGUGCACAGCAUAACGACGGCGAUGGAACACCUGUAUCAGGCUCCACCCCAUUGGGGAGCAAGAAGUCGAAUGGGAGUGGAGGAUUUUUACGAUCACUGCUGUGUUGUUGGCGAGGCGGCCGGGGCAAGGGUCCACCCGGUGGCAAUGGCACGAAUAGUAUUGAUGGCAGGGCUUCGCCCCCGCUCCUGGUUAUGUCAGACCAUGCAGCACGACCACUAUUGCCACCAGUAAGACAUCAGGACAUGCAUAAAAAAUGUAUGGUUAUUGACCUCGAUGAAACAUUAGUACACAGCUCAUUUAAGCCGAUCAACAACGCUGACUUCGUGGUACCAGUCGAGAUCGACGGCGCGGUGCAUCAGGUGUACGUGCUGAAGCGACCGCAUGUGGACGAGUUCCUACGGCGGUGCGGGGAACUCUACGAAUGCGUGUUAUUCACAGCGUCUCUUGCGAAAUACGCGGAUCCCGUCGCUGAUCUACUAGACAGAUGGGGCGUGUUCCGUGCUCGACUGUUCCGUGACAGCUGCGUGUUCCACCGCGGGAACUACGUGAAGGACCUCAACAGUCUCGGACGCGACCUGCGCCGAGUCGUCAUCGUCGACAACUCACCCGCUUCGUACAUAUUCCAUCCGGACAACGCUGUACCUGUCGCGUCAUGGUUCGACGACAUGACAGAUUCAGAACUUUUGGACUUAAUACCAUUUUUCGAGAAACUGAGCAAAGUUGACAGUGUUUACACAGUGUUGCGCAACUCGAAUCACCCCUACAACCCCACACAGAACAACUCGCCGCCCACAUAGCCGCGGCCCUCGAGCCUCCCCCGAGUGCGCGCGGCGUGCUCGGCCGGCGUGCUCCGCGAGACGUACGUGGGGCACGUGGGGCAUGUGGGGCACGCGGGGCACGUGGGGCACGCCGGUCACGUGGGGCACGCGCCGCCCAGCGCGCUCUCCCUCCUCGAGACACUCAUCAAGAAAGGAGCGAACUUCGUCUUAAGUGCCAAUUUUGCCUUCUGGUUAGUAAGGACGUUAUUUGUACCUAUUAUACAUUUUAGGUAUCUCCUAGUGCGUAAGUGGUCCGUGUAGGUUCGCUGUGAAGCUUCCGCGACGCGCGUCGCAUUUAAAUCUUCGACUUAUAAUACCUCUGUAUUGUCUAUGAGUAACGAUUCAGUGUUUUUAAAUGACUAAAAUCAAUUUUAACUUUUUUAUAUCGUGCUUGGGAUCAAAUAUGAGUAAGUUAGUGUAUUGCGGCCGUGGUCUCAGGUGUGGCCGCCGACGGGAAUUGUUUUGACUCGAUUUGCUUCUUUAAACCUAUACACAUAAAUGUAAACACGAAUUUCUCAUUUUGGCUGUUAUUUACCCGUGACGUUUAAUCAGCCUCGAUAAUGUAUAUAUUUUUAUCGUAUAUAUAUGAGUGGUCUUAAACAUACGCGUUAUAUAUACGACCGACUAUGGUGUACAUAGAGCAUAGUAUAUAAUAGAAGCAGAAUGAUUAGCACUUAAGGUGUACAGUAUUGCACUGGUCUAAAGCCAAUGUUACGAUGAUAUUCAUGUAAAUAUGUUCAGGAAAUGGUAUAUUUAAAGCACAAAAAGUUUAUUAUUCAUAUUUAUUUACUAUAUAUAAUAUUGCAUUAAAAUAUAGUUGUAAUUAAAAAAAACCUAAUAUAAUUGUUUAUUUAAUGUUUGUGACACUGGCUUUAGAUGAAUGCUCGUGCAUAAGCAUUGAUGUGAUCAGUUUUACAUUUCAUAAUGUAUGCAUACCGUACAAGAUGUACGAAUUCUUUAUUCGGGGAAUAUUAUUAUUUUUUUUUAAUUUAAAAGAAAAGUAAUUUCAUUAGUGACAAUAAAGAGUCAAUCGGUUCAGUGUCAUAUAUAUAUUUAUUAAUUAUGUAAUCAAAUAUUAAAUUAUAUAAUCGGAUGAGAGUAUCCGAAUUUAAGAGGGGAUUUUAUUAAAUUGUCAUUUUAAUCGUAUGCAUGUUAAUUGAUGAUUUGUUUUUAAUCGUAUUUAUUUAAUAACGAAAAUUUAAUAUCACAACGUAUUCUAAUUAAAUAAUAUACGAUGGAUUUGAUCACCAACCAAAUGAUGAUAUUUUUAUAUAUGUAUAGCGUUUUGCAUUCACGUUUUUUGUGAAGUCAGUAUUUGCAGCACAAGAUAUGAUUUUUAAGUCGUCACAGUAUUACCUAGAUAUUUAGAUAUGGAUGCCAUUGUACACGAAUAUUUAUUUAGAGUAACCGCUCUAUACUUUUUUAUCAUUAUAAGGUAAAUUGAAAUUUGCACACAAAAUUGAAGGAACUUAAUUUUAUUUUUCAAUAAAUUUAAUUUAUAUUUUUUUUGUGAAUUUUGACUUAAAAUGUCUUUUUUAGAUGAGUUUCACGACCUCUGUGUAUGAACAUUGAUGUUUUCAUUUAUAAUAAUGUCCUUAUUAGGCCUUUAUUUUAUAUUUGAUUUGAUUAAAACUACGUGUUUUACACAUGAAAUACUGAAAUAUCACUAAAUUAUCUUCAAAACUAUUCAUUUUUAUUGUAUAUAUUUAUUCUUCUAUACUACACAAUUUACACCUUACAUUUACAUAUGCCAUGCGAUUUACAAGUAGAUUUAAUAGUUUUGGAAACGGCCCUGUACGUCUACCAUUGGAAUAUGCUUUAGAAUAUUCCAUACACUUCGGUCUAUCCUACCGAUAUUAUAAACGCGAAAGUUUUUGAGUAUGGAUAGGAUAUUUGUUAUGAUUUCUUGUAAAAAUUACUGAUUUUGUCGAAGUUUGGAAUAGAGAUGGUUUAUAUCCUGACUUAACAGUCACGGACGGAAGCUAGUUUUUUAAUGUAUCAUUAUUUAAAAAGCGAAUAAAUAAAAUUAAUAUUCAAGUUUUCGUUUUAACAUCGUCACGGUUUUUUAUAUAUUAAAUCUUUCUAAUAUUAUAAACGUGAUUUUAUUAUAAACUAUAUUUUUGUUACAUAAUUCCAAUAUGUCAUAAGAGUCGAUAUUCUUUUAGGGAAUGUAAUAAAAAAAAAAAUCUAUUAUUUAUUUUACGCGAAGAGAAUCGAGCUCGUAAUAUUUAUUUAUUUUAAUGAGAAAUGUAAAGCGUUGAUUGAAUAUUGUGUGCAGAUUUUAUUUAUCCAUCUCGGGGAGUCAAAAUUCAAAAUUUUAUCACUUUUUAUAAUAAUAAUAAUAAUAAUAAUUCGAAUAAAUAAUUAGGUGAAAUAAUAUGGUGCUUUCAGUAUUAUUCGAUUAAGCGAAUCGAAAAUUGUAUCGACUGCAAAACUUGUAACGCACACGGAUACUCUUUUGGUUGGUAGUUUUGUAGUGAGCAGUGGACGGUCACUUGAAAGCAUUAAAUAACUGCACGACUUGGCUUAUGCCAUCUUUUUUUUUUUUUUUUGUUUCUAAUUGCAUAGCAAAGAUCUUAAUUGUUUUUUUUAUUAUUUUGUAAUUAAAUCAUUAAAUUGUCUGUAGAGGAAAUGUAAAUAAAAUAAAAGAAAAUUAUGAUUUCGAUAACUGAUUUGAUUAAAACUUUUCGUAUUUUACACAUUUGUUAUUUAGUAUAUCGAUGUAUGUGUUUUUUUUUAAUUAAUACAUAAUAGUUAUACACUAUCGCUAGAAUUGUAAUCUUAUCCUUAUAUUUAAAGAUGCUCUGUAUCCUGAACUAUGUUUAAAUCGAAAUUUUAUGUCAAGCAUUAUUGCGAAUGUCAAACGGUCCUUGACCCCGUUCACGACCCUCCUCAUCCAUUGGUCCGUGAUCACGUGAUAUUCGUUCGUAGACAACUCCUUAAAGUUUUCUACACCAGCCGUCCCGUUCAUAUCUUAUUGUAUAAUAUAGCUAUGUGCGUUAUUUUCAAUAUGUAAAUCAUUCAUCGAUCGACGUUUAUACUUAUGCGAUUUACGAAACUUAAAAAUGUGAAGAUUAAUCCACGAAAAGGACAUUUUGUUGCCACUUGAAAAUAUUGAAACAGAGUAUUUAACAUAUAUUAAUGAUAAAAAAGUAAUAAUAUAAUUAUUUAAUGAAUUUAAUAUAAUAAAAAUAAUAAAUAUUAAUAAUUCUCAUCGAGCGCAUUACAUAUUGAUGAGCGAUAUGAAAUUAAUAUAUUAAAUCGUAGAAGUAUAAAUGUACACUAUCCGUGUGUGGAUGUCACACAUGGAUGCUGAUUCUAUUGUACGCGAUCUAUGAAUUAAACUAAAUGGACUUUGUCUAUCUCGUCCUUUUUUAAUCCGCCACAAGAGAGAGAGAUGGCAAUACUUUUUAUAACUGUCAAAUCAUUUUAUAAAUUGCGUAGAAAAGAAUCGUCAUAUAUCUAUAACACUCAUAAACCCACAGUAGAGCAUUUAUUUCGUAAGCAUUAACACAUAGAUUUAGUAUGUUAUAGUAAUAUAUACGUUGAUUUCUGUAAUUUUAAGAAUAAUUUGUUCAUAUAUAUUGUAUAUUUAAACGCAUGUUUUUUACAUGAACACAAUCAAUUCCCCGUGAAUUGUAUCGUAAUUAUGUAAUUAUUAUAAAGGUAAUAAAACGUCACCGAUCAAACGUCCACGUUGUUUAGGAAUUUACUAUUUGUUAAUUUUGAUAUAUGAGAAAAAAAAAAUGAAUUAUGCAUGCAAUAAAAUUGAAUUGAUAUUUUUUAUCCUAUAUCUUAUUGUGUAGUAUAAAUUUUAUGGUUUUAACAUUAUAUCGGGAAUUCAUUGUUAUAUGAUUAAUUUUGCGAUUAUUAUUUUUUUAUAUUGUAAUUUAAUAUUAGCAUAAGUUAUGUGAAAUAGUGAUUUUUUAACGCAAUAACGUUUACGUGUUUGGAUUUUAUCUAACUCCUAUAAAAGCGUUACGGAACUCGAUUUAAAUGUCCCGGUGCUUAUCUAAACCAAUUGAAACGUUAGCCAUAUUUAGUGUGAGAAAAAGCCAUUAACCCAUUAUUUGGUACAAUAUUAAUAGUCACUAAUAAUUUUUAAUAAUAACACAUAAAUAUUAUGCUUCUUUAUAUUUCGUAAUUUAUAAAAUAGGCUUUCAAAUUACCGUUUAAUUUUAUAUAUAAUUUUUUUUUUCAAUUUUUUUAUUGGCAAUUUUGUACGAUGAUAAUCGUGAUCAAGUGCUAUAAUGGUCGAGUUCUGUGUUCUGUAAGGGUUUUUAGUUCGCUUGUAAACAAAGUACAAAUCAUAAUUAGAAUGCAGUGGCUAAAUAAACGAGAACAUUAUAUAUUUAUUUAGUGUAAGAUUGUGCCGUUUCGUACCAUCUUUCACGCUUCCACGAAUUAAAUUAUCGUUUCCCAAAUAUUACUUGCCUCGAUGUUUAGAUGUUUGGGUGAAUGCUAGAGAUUUUUUUUUACACACUGACUAACAAUAGCUACCCACCUACGUCACUGCCUCGUUAGAUUGAUCCAAUUUAUUAAUGGUUGUAACGUCAGCAAUGAAAAUAAUUUACAUACAAUAUAAUAAUAUAUCUAAAAAAUAAAAAAAAAUAAAAACAUUUAACUGAACAUAUUAUUGUGUUGCCACUCAAAUUUCUUGGGUAUUGUAUGUAUGUAAUUUUAUAGCUGACGUACUUGUACAGUACUGGAUAUAUUAAACACUACUUACAUUUUAAAUAGUAUUAAAAUAAAAUUAAAAAUGAUUUCUUUUUUGUCUGUUAUUUAUAUAAUUUUUUUUUUUUUUUUUUUUCUUAAAACGAUAUGCUUGACAAACGACAAUAUUUCAUUGUUUUGUAGAAGUGAAUGUUAAGUACCGAAUCAGUGCAAUAUGUUUAAGAAAUUAUCAUUGUUUACAACAGUUUUAUUUGACAUUGUACAUGUAAGAUUUGAUUACUUAACAAUGAAUUAUUACAAUAAAUAGGUGUUGGCAUAUUGUAGAUAUAUUGUACAGCAUUCAAUGAAGGACUUGUCGUGUUAUAUUAAAUAAAUGUAAGAAUAUUUAUGUAUGUAAGGUAUUAUCUUUUAAAAAUAACUGACGACUCGUCUGCAUUAUAUUUUAACUCUGACAAAACUAAUUACCAUUAGUUACUAUUUUUGAAAAGGUUUUAGAAAUCAUCUGUACUUUGUAAUGUUGUUAUCUGUUUAAUAUGUUAUUUAUGUUACACGACAAGACCUAUAUAAUGGUAUUAUGAUUUUUUUUACCUAUCAGAGAUUAGGCAGGUAAGCGGACGAUAGUUAUCUGUAAUAUUUAUGAAGUGUAAUAGCAAGGAAAUAUGAGGAAUGGGUAACAUUUACCUGAGACGAAAUUUAUAUAGUGGUGUACAUUUUUGAUAUGAUGUUGUACAAAAGAGACAUUUGGUAUGUUAUUUUAUAGGAAUGAAAUAAAUAGCCUUAAUUAAUAA